CUGUGCACUUGGGCGUUGGACUCCGCAUCUUAUUAGCAACCAGGGAGAUUUCUCCAUUUUCCUGUUGUAUCCAGCACGGCUACAAAUCUUUUUUUUUGGGGACUAUUAUUUUCUAUACAUAUUGGCAUCGCAUAGUGAAGAAGAAAAAAAAUAUUUUUUAAUCCUAUUUUUUUCUCCAGUCUUCAGCUAAAUUGACAGCAAUGGGAGCCCAAUUAUCUAAGACCGCAGCCAAAGGUGAAGCAGCUACAGCUGAGAAGCCUGGAGAAGCCGUGGCAGCCUCUCCCUCCAAAGCGAACGGACAGGAGAAUGGCCAUGUCAAAGUCAAUGGAGAUGCAUCUCCAGCUGCUGCAGAAGCUGGAAAGGAGGAGGUCCAGGCCAAUGGGAGCGCCCCUGCUGAAGAGUCUGCAAAGGAAGAGGCUGCAUCAGCUGAACCUGCACAGGAGAAAGAGGCAGCUGCAGCCACUUCAUCUGCUGAUGGAGAGAGUGCAGAACCAGCAUCUCCGGCUGAGGGAGAGGCCUCUGCCAAAGCAGAGGAAGCAGGGUCAACUUCUACACCUUCUACCAGUAACGAGACCCCCAAGAAGAAGAAGAAGCGGUUUUCUUUCAAAAAAUCUUUCAAGUUGAGUGGUUUCUCCUUCAAAAAGAAUAAGAAGGAGAACAAUGAAGGUGCUGAGAAUGAGGGAGCAUCUGCCUCUGCUGAAGGGGCAAAGGAGGACACUGCUGCGCCAGAAGCAGCAAACGAGGAAGCCAAACCUGCCCAGGAAGAGACACCAGCAGCCACCAGUACAGAAGAGAAAAAGGAGGAGACUGCAGCAUCACCUGAGCCUCAGGAGACCAAAGCAGAAGAGGCUACAGUAGAGAAACCCUCAGUCGAGGAGGCAAAACCUGCUGAGGAGCAGAAACCAGAGGAAAAACCAGCAGAAGAGACCCCAUCCUCUACUGCUGCUCCUGAAGCCCCAUCCACCGAACCAGAGGCACCAAAAGCAGAAGAACCAGCAGCUCCUACACAGGAAGCUACAACUGAGUCCAGUCCAGCAGCUGAGUCGGCAGAGUAAAAUGGUGGUUUUGAGAUAAUCAAAGAACUCUUUUUCUCCCCUUGUUUGUUCGUUGGAGUGGUGCCAGGUACUGGUUUUGGAGAACUUGUCUACAACCAGGGAUUGAUUUAAAGAAUUAUUUUUUUUUUUGCUUUUUUCUUCCUCUUUACAGAUCCCAUCUCAAAUCGUUCUGUUACCACCAUUCCAACAGGCCGAGUAGCAAUUAAAUCAGUCACCGGCCUUAUUCCUUUUCGCAUCAGUAUUAAUGUUUUUGCGUAAUUUGCAUCUUGUAUUGAAAAAUGUAUACUUUUUUGUCAGUUUAUGGACAAACCUAUACAUGAAGGAGAUGGGUGGGUCAAUGAGGGUGGGGUAUCAAGUGGAGUGAUAGGGGCCACAUUGGGAUUUAGGUGGUGCACACGUUGCCAAGAGAUUGUGCCACAUGGAAUGGGAUUUUUUUUUUGUUUUCCUAUUCUUGUUCUAUAUUCUUUUCUUCCUUUUUCUUUUUUUUUAUUUUUUUUGUUCUUUAUUUUUUUAGAAAAUGGUAAUGGUGUAUUUUGAGGGGACAGCCUUCUAUAAGGUUUACAACACUAAAGGUCUUGACCAAGACAGCAGCAAGAAAAUAAAAUUAAAAAAAAAAAAUAUAUAAAAAAAAAAAUACCCAAAUCAUAGUUUUAGUAAUUCAUUUAAACCAUAGGAACUUUUCACUUAUCUCAUGUUAGCUGUAUCAGUCAGUGAUUAAGUAGAAAUACGAGUUGUAUAGGCUUUAUUGUUUAUUGCUGGUUUAUGACCUUAAUAAAAUGUAAUUAUGUAUUACCAGCAGGGUGUUUUUAACUGUGACUAUUGUAUAAAAGGAAUCUUGAUAUCCAAAAGCACACAUGAAGUUUGCAACUCUCUCUCCACCCUGACCAUUUUUGUAAAACUGCAGUCAUAUUGGACCUUUUAAACACAAAUUUUAAACUCAACAAAGCUGUGAUAAGUGGAAUGGUUACUGUUUAUACUGUGGUAUGUUUCUGAUUACAGCAGACAAUGCUUUCUUUUCCAGUUGUCUUUAAGAAUUAAGGAAAACUCUUCAGAUGCAAUGGUUUUGUGUAGCAUCUCGUCUUUUCAUGUUUUUUGUAAAUACUGGAGAAGCUUUGACCAAUUUGACUUAGAGAUGGAAUGUAACUUUGCUUACAAAAUUGCUAUUAAACUCUUGCUUAAGGUGUUCUAAUUUUCUGUGAGCACACUAAAAGCGAAAAAUAAAUGUGAAUAAAAUGUAGAAUAUGUUGUGUUUCUUUGAUAUUCAGUAAAUGCUAACAAAUUAGCUUUAUUUCUAACUGCAAAUGCUUGCAUGGUAUAUAAUGCACAUAAUCCAUAACCUUAUUUUUUUUUUAUUAAUAUCCCCUUAUUUUUUAUUUUGUUCCCUUGACCAAGAGUAUUUAUCUACUUUUUAAAUACAAGACUAUAUAUAAUUGGGUUUGUUUCACUAAGAUGAAAGCUUUCUCUUAGACACCUUGUGACUGAUUAAUUUAACCUGUUAAAUAGGUCCAAUAACUGGACAGAAAGCUCUCAGCUUAGCGUCUAUAGCCCAAUACGAAUAGUUUUCCUCAGUUUCAAAGGUAAAUCUUGCAUUCCUGUAAUCUUACACUUAUCAGGUGUGACAAUGAUUUUGAUGUAGAAUAAAUGGAAGGCAUUUUAUAGAUUGUAAAUGGAAAUUGCACUUCUAUAUAAAUAAAAAACAAAACAAAAUACUCCACUUGUGUAAUGUGAGUAUCUCCCAUUGUUCAUAUUGAAGUGUGAGCUUUUUAGCUGCAAUAAAUAUUUCUGAAAGAAA